AUGAUGGUUUGGAGUCUACAACAAUUAUUCUACGUGAUCACAGAGGAAGAAAGGUGUUUUCGGUCCAAAAAGAAAAUUCCGUUUUAAGACCAAAGGGUGUCAGGAUCAACAAAAGAGAAUUCCUAAAUACAAAACCAAAGUCUGCUUAAACGGCUUCCGAGGAACCUAAAGACCGACGAUAACUUGAUGGUAGAAUUACUUUUAUUUAAUUCCUAUAUUAGGUAAAAAGACGAGUACAUUUAGAGUACAUUUUAUGACGAAUUUCUCAUACCUUUAUAGAGACAACGAAACUGAAAGGACACCUUUUCAGUUGAACUGACUGAUACUACAGAAGAAAGCUACGUGCUUCAAGGAGAUUGUGGAAGAGUCUUAUCUUAAGCCGCUUUGUUUGAUAAAACAUACGUCUAGUUGCUUCUGUUCCAGUGAUUACCAUCUGUCGAAUUCGCGUGAAGCUGUCGAUGUCUCAUUGGGGCUUUACAUAGUGCUCUCUUCAAAUUAUUAACCUCCCGCUUCCAAGCCUACGAAGAAAUACUGUCGGCGCAGUAAAGAAACUCUGGGAUAUUUUUUCUCAAACGAAACUGUUAUGUUUGUUGUAAUUGUUUUUACGGUUUUUCUUUCAUGUGAUUGACUUUCAUGUUUCCUUGCGAGUGGACUUAAAAUGGACAAUGACACUAUAUUUACUUUUAUCUAAACCCGGAAAAGAAGGUUCUCCAAACAGUCAGUCCAGUGUACACUUUUACAGAACACGCUUGAAAGAAAUUUGACAGCAGUCAAUAUAAGUUUUUAUUGCACAAUUACUUUGCCGGCUCCCAGAUGACAGUAGGAAAUCUCAGUGUUAGUAGUAAAUACAACGCAGAAUAUUUAUAAAGGUCAUCAUGUUCGCUCUAAAGUCUUCGUUCCUUUCCUUUUUGUUUGCUUUGAUGUAUCAUAGACAUCAUAUGGUACUGAGAUGAUUUUAAUCAUAAAUAUGACUUAAAGUAAUGUUGGUGUAAUUUUAGUUCGUUCUGUCUCAAAUCCUAACAGCCAAAUAGAUGAGGUCUUUCUGUUUACGUUGUAAAAACGUCAUGUCGCACGAGAAUGUAUAAAAAAUACCCAAAACGAUUAACCCACUCUCCACAGCCGGAAAAGUUUGGCAAUUUUAAUGGCUCUUGAGACAACCUCGUCAUUAUUUCGAACAUGUUGAUUUUGCAACUGAAGGACUUGGAUUUAUUUUAAUUUACAAUUUAUCAGAAGCAGCAAUUUCGAUUGAGUCGAUUGAGAUCGAAAUGGCUGUUAAAAUAUGAAAUAGUGCAAGGACUGCGAAUAGAAAAGUACACAAUACGUGUAGGGAAAAAUCGUUGAUAUAAAUUGAUGUAAAUAAAAUGAACAGGCGUUUGAAAACGUGAGUUAUUAACUUGACGUAGAUUUACGCAGCUCAAUUUAACAGUGCUCAACACUAGCCGCGUGCCAAGUACGGCAAGGGAUAUGUAUAGUAUAAAAAGGUAUUUUUUUCUGGGAAGAAGACAGGGCAUGAACAUGGAGCCAUAAGUAAACUCAUAAAUCAAAGGUAUAAGCUAUUACUCAAGUUUCAAAAACCGGGUUAUCAAGAAGACAGGAAAAGAUAUAUGACUUUGAGGAAUGAACUAACUAGAGCCAUGAGAAAAGCAGAAGCAGAGUAUUGGUGAGAUGGAUUAGGCAACAAGGUAAAAGGAUCCAGGGAUUUCUGGAAGCAUGUGAAACAAAUGACCAAAAAAUAGAGAAGUGAUCUGAAAGAACUGGUCCUGAGCGACAUGAGCAUGACACAUUAGUUAAUACGAUGAUAAAGAUCAAGCAAACACCUUGAACUCCUUCUUUGCUACUUAGGAGAAAAGCUUGCCUCACAGUUAACACCAGCGAGUGGCUCACCUUUAUCGUUUAUUUACAGGAUCACCGCGAUUGUUAAGCCCGGUUUCUCUAUCAUAGAUCGUCCGGAUUGUCCCGAUCGCUUCAAUCGUUUCAACAAAUUUUGAGACUAUAAGGACGACUGCAACGAUUAGUGGUUUCCAUAUAAUGGGCGUCUCGAUCGCCUCAAAGACAAAAGACGAGUAGUCGUCAGCGAUAUUUCUAGGUCAGGCAACGGAAUUUUUGCUCGGGUUUUUGGCGGGUUUUCAUGACUUGCUAUCUGCCAAUCCUCUUGAUUUUGCGGCGUAACAAGAUAAAAAUGUUCCACGAAGACACACUGCCUGAAGUCCAGAACUUGAUGGAUUAUGCAGGGCGACAUUUUUGUAUUUUUUCUUUUGUCUUCAGCAGAAAUCAGGUCUACAUCAAGUUGAGCAUGGAGUUCCUCAAGGUUCCAUUGUGGGGCCCAGACUCUUUUCAAUUUAUCUUAAUGACUUUUCGAAAUCAAUAUCGCAAGGUGAAUUACAUUUUUAUGCUGACGACACCACAGCUUUUGUCAUUGCUGAUAGCACUGAUGACGUUAUGCGGAAACUAAACUUGCUGUUUGGAGAGAUCUGUUGUGCAAUGUAACUCAAACAAGUAAACUCUUCAUACAGGCAAAUCGAAAGUGAUGAUCUUGUAGAGGAAUAUUUUUGUUGAGCCCCUACUUCCUGUUCAACGUGGAAACACUUUACCUGAAUACAUUUAUUCUACCAAAUCUUUGGGCGUGGUCAUUGAUAACAGACUGCUUUGGAAAGAUCAAGUACAUAAAAUAUGCAGAAUCAUAUGGUAAUGAAACGAGUAUGCUUAAGGAAAUUCUCAUCCAAGCUUUUGGAGGAUACAUAUUUCAAGACUAUAAUUCCACUUGUAACUUUCUCCAUAUCAGUGUGGGGAAGGUUUUUUCCUGCUACUUUUGUCGAAAUUAAAGGACUGCAUCGAAACGCGGCCAAAAUCAUUGAAUGGUUACCUAAGAAUAUCAUGGAUUGUGACAUAUUACAGCGUGUUCACCGGCAAAAUCUUGGUUGGUUUUAUAAACGAAGAUUAGCUAUUGAGAUGUCUAAGGAGGCAAAACACAUGCUAAUUAGGCUGUCUCAAUAUGUAUAUAAAUGUGGACUCAUUAGACGAGGCAAAGGCCUAAGGAAGUUGAUAGAAGUAUCUAGAGAAAAGAGACAAUAUCUUGGGGGGGGGGGGCGGUGCUGUUGACUGGAACUGUUUACUGUUUAGAAAAGACUGCUCGAAAAUAUGAGAACAUUGAUACAUUUAAAAGAGUUCUCAAAACCUUUACCAACAAAAAAGCACCACAGCAGGUUUCAUUCAUUAAAGUAGCCUGCAUGAACUACAAUAAGGAUCUUGAUAACUUUGUAUAGUGUUUUUAUUUUCUUAUUCUUAGCUUUUCUAUUAAGUCUUAGUUGCCAACUUGUAAUUUUCGUUUAAUUAAAGUUGUAUAUAGUUAUUGUUGUGCAGAUAUGAAAGUGCUGGCGUAUGGUAAUAAGGAUCGUUCGAUUUUGACAAAAACAACGAGUGGGUAUAAUUUGUAUAUUGUGUUUAUUGUAUACAUACUGAGACAUUCAUCAUUUUGGUGGCCUUUUUAUUUUAAAACUUUCCAAAAUUGCCGCUACACACCAAGAAAUAACAAUGAAAACGAAGCAACAGCUUUUUAGUAGAAACGUUUCUUAAAAACAUAAAUGACGGUAAGGAUGCUGUGAGGUAAUCCAAAAACUACAAGUAAUCUUAACUGUUUGUGAAAACCAUAGUUCACUCCUCUGAUUGGCUAGAACUCAUUUGCGUAUCAAAAUUUACAACACAACUUUUUCGUGAGUAUUUCUCAGUAUGUAUAUAAUAAAGUCUAAUUUACAAUGUAUCUUUUGAGUAGUUUGAGUAUGAAUAGGACUGUUCUUGUUGACAGUGACUGACGUUUCGACAACCUGUGCGGUAGUCAUCUUCUGAGUUAAAGUGAGUUGUAUCACGCCAGUUGAUGGUAUUAAAACGCCAGCCACUGUCAACAACAGUCCUAUUCAGGACUACGUUCACCGUACCCGGACGAUCAUACUCAACCUACUUAUGAAAUGGAUCCUGGGUUAAAACCUUUCACAAUAUAUGUAUCUUUUAUUUAUUCAUUUCACAGAUCUUUGCGACAACAUUUCCUACCUUAAUCCUGCGUCAUAAAUCAUAAAGUCUCCUGUACCGCUCGUAAAUUUCAAAAAUUUUGCAGACUUCUAGCUCUUCACCCUAGCCUCGUGUUUUCCCUCACAUUUUCAUUUACACACUUUCAAGUCUUUCUUCCCUUUAUAUACACUGCGCUCAAAUGAGCGCGUUCAACGCGUCUUGUUUCAAAGUUGGUUUUGGGUAAAGAAAUCCUAUUCCAUGGACCCUGACAGGCUUAAGAAGGUUUUACUAGGUGCGGUUAAACGAGCCAUUUACCCACGUGCAUAUGGCUGUUGCCCACGGGGAGGGAAAUUUUUGUGGGUGACAUGUGGACACGUCAACCAAAAGAAUUACCCAUGACAGUUGCCGAGGUGAUAUAUAUGCAUUGGGUUAAUAAGAACCCAAAGCGGCUCAACCAAUCAAAAGAAAGUGAAAUGUAGUCCAAAUAGUAGAAACCAUGUGUUAUUUACGUGUUGAGUUCGUCUUAGCGCCAAUUCCUAAGCGAAACAUGGACUCAAAGUUCGAAAACUCAGCAGGAUUUUGAGCGCUCCUGUGAAUGAUUUUACGUUUGAUAAAUUCAAAAGCACCUUGGAACACUAAGUAACAACAGUGUUCAUGCAAAGUAUCUAUCCUGCUAGCCGAGUGCAUUGCUCAUUGGCAGUUUUCACACUUUCCUAGAGACGAUCUACUGAUAACUGACUAGUAAUAGUUGACACUACAGCUGCCCCCGUUUUGUAUAUUGUCGGUCAAUAGUAUUCUUGCUGGUUGUGUAGCUCUUUGAAAUAUACCGAUUCAUAAUGAAGAUUUUCACACAUAUUCCAUACAAUAGGUGAGAUAAAUACAGGAAACGCAAGGUUCCAUGCACAGUUUCAGGUCGAUUUACACAGCUUUGAUCAAAGCAUUCUCAGUUUCGAGAAAAGGUUAUUAUAAACCAUAAGAAAAGAUUUUAUUAGAAGCUGAAUUUUUCGCUAUUUCUCUUUCCCUUUUUACAUUCAGUUCAUUUCAUUUGCUGGAAACUAAGCCUUAGAAACUAAAAGGACGUUUAAUUUGACCGAUUCACGCUAGCGCAUUCUAGUCUUAUUUGAAACUUUAUAACGGAAGGACAUCUGUGAGCAGGGAAUAAGUCAGCAAAGAAUUUGAUUGUCGACGAAUUUCUGUAAAUGUUCAUCAGUCUGCUAGUGUUAGCCGUUGUUCACUCGCCUUGCUUGUUUGGGGCUGAGUCUUAUUACGGUCAAAGAGAGAGAAAGAGUGUCUGGCAAGGUUUCCAAUAUAAAUCAAGGAUUUGUGAACUCGUGUCUGGCAAACUCUCCAAGUGUUUAUAUAUCUACACAGUUAAACGCACCUUAUAAUCUCCCCUGCGCUUAACGAGUGUCUUUUGGUCCAUAACUUUCAAAACAACUGCUCCACAGAAUGUCAAUGCCUAGCGCAAAAGAGUAUCUGCUCAAUAAAUGCCACAAAAUCUACCUGAGCGGUCCCUUCAGGAUUUUCUGUCUUUACGUCAUCCUAACCAUUUCGUACUUGCGGGAGCAAAGAAUAGAUACGUCAUCAUUACCUACCGAUUAAUCGCGGCCCCAGUUCGAGCAAAUCGAGAUUUUUUCUAGUAUACUCACUGUAUAUUUGAACUGUAAGUACUGCCCUAAAUAUACGCGCGAGUUACUAGGGUGCCUCCUCGGGAUUUCGCCUCUGGGCGAAAUCCCUGCGGGGGCAAUAACUGUUGUAAACAUGCCAGUGCUGUUCAAGCUAGAAGCUUUUGACGGUGUCGCGGGACAGUUAUAUUGCAUUGGCCUGUUAGCUGUGUUAAACGAGGCGGUCUCUUCAGUCUUUCACCUUCACUGCAAUUGCUGUGGAACGGUUCUGUUCCAUCAUAUUUCCAUUCAAGAGGAUUAUGACGGAAUUCACUAGGAAAUUGAGUAAUUUUAAUUUUCGGUCAAGGCAAAAACCUUGUAUCAGAAUAAUUUAAAGCAUAUUGCAUUCUUUUUUACAUUUUUCAAGGGCUAAAGAUGUAAUUCGUCAUUUGUAAUAACUCCAAGGAAAAUUUCUUAUAGGAGCCCGAGAAAAUGGAUGCCAAGUUUCACAAAAUUUCAGCUUACACAUGGAGUUUUCAGAAUUUUACCUGUGUUUUCACAAUUCGUGGUAAAAUUUGACAUUCAUUUUCUCGGACUGCCAUAAGAAAUUUUCUUUGGUGUUAUUACAGAAGACUAAUUACAUCUUUGUGUUGAAUGAUGUGUGUAUGGCAAAAGUCGAUGAAAACAACUACAAAAAAGUGAUAGCUUCAACAAACGAUGGAUUGAAAAGAGAGAACGAAGAAGACCAGAGAAGUCUAAACUAUACCUUGAUAAAUAGAUUAAUAACAGAUGCAAAAGAGACCGCAUAAUUAUUGCAGAAAAAAACUCCAAAACUUCAAGGGGUGGUAAACUAUACCAUGUAUGGGGGGGAGGUUUAAGGGUUAAAAAAAAAAAGUAAAAAAGAAUGCAAUAUUCUUUAAAUUAUUCUGGUACAAGGAUUUUGUCCACUGAUAAUUAAAAUUACUCAAUUUCCUGGAGGAUUCCGUCUUAUAACCUUGAAAAUUGCCAAGGUAAUUAUGUUCAGCAGGACAGGACUGGUCUUCAACUGAUACUACUCUUGCCAAUCAAGUAUUCCAGAUAGCAUUCUUUACACUUCUAUACGCAUGCCCACUUAUCAUUUUUGUACUUUACUUCAGCUUCUGUGUUACACUCUGGAGGCGACUAGUUAAGGCACAGGCUUCGUCGUUCGUCAAUUCCCAUAGCCGCAAGCGCAUGACUGUUGAAGUCACUAAAAUGAUGAUCGUAAGUGUGGUGGUGUUUGCCUUCUGUUGGCUUCCACAAGACGUGGCUUUAUUAAUUAAUAAUUUCAUGAUCGAUAUUUGUCUUCCUGAGUUGCUCUGGUUUGGUGGAUCUCUUCUCGCGUAUACAAACAGUUCAAUGAAUCCAAUAAUUUAUGUCGUCUUUGACUCCGAGUGUAGGAAACACUUAUUAUAA